AUGCCGCUGUCGUCGUCGCCCCCUCGGGGAGAGUCCGGGGAGUGCAGCCCAUCCAAGGCCCCCAAGAAGCACAGCUCCUUCCACAUCUGGCGCUCCAAGAAGAAGCAGCAGCCUUCCCCGACCGAGUGUGGAGUGUUCAUCCCGCACCCGCCCUCCGCGCUCCUCGAGGAGGCCAGAGCGUUGGGGGUCACGGGUUCAAGCCAUGCCUCUCAAGAGUCUCAGGAAUAUACCUUGCACUGUGGGGACUCCCAGUUCUUUCAUGCCAACAAUGAGGCACCUACAGAGUCUGGGAUGUUUAAAAAGUCCAGGGCACAGCCACCAGAAGAGAGCAGAAGAAAGCCAGUUUUGGGGAAACUUGGCCAUCUGUUUACAGCAGGAAGGAGAAGGAAUAUCCGAAAUGGAGCAGAAAGUCCCACCAGCCCAAAUGCCAAACCAGUCUCUCCCAAAAAUGUGACAUCGUCUAAGCUCCAGGAGAGGGAGAAUGAGAAGCGUAAACCACAGGGCGGCCAACCAGCACCAACAGACACGUGCCAGGAGCGCUCCACUUCGGAGGUGGAGGGAGAGCCCCCAGAGAGUGGUGUGCAGACAGCCCCCCAGGACGCCGACUUGUCACCUCGCCUGAGCAGCCACACAGCGGAGGCAGAGCACCAGUGCCAUGAAGGUGAUUCAUCCCAAUUAGAACCUGUGGAGGCAGAGGGAGAGACUUUCCCAGGUGCCACCACCGCUGCCAAGCAGUUGCAUUCCUCGCUAGAGAAUUCCUUCAGGCAAGAGGACGCAGAGACGCCCGCACGCGGUCCAGGGGAGGACUCGUCGCCAGGCGCUGGCCGAGAACAGGAGGCACCCCGGGAUGCGAGGGGUGUGCCAGGGGGGCCCAUUGCAGGAGUAGGCGAAGCCCCUGGCCAGGUCCCUGAGGUGUGUGCUGAACGAGGUUCUCUGGGACCCCAGGACGCGAGCAGCCAGCACCCGGAGGAGGACGCAUCAGCCCCACCAGGUGACCGGUCCUCCGAGGGUGCAGAGAAUAGACCGGGCUCCGUGCAGUUAAGCGACAAAGCGGGGUCUGGAGGGCGCGCUCAUCCCUCCAAAGUGCUAACUUUGGACAUCUACUUGAGUAAGACUGAGGUCUCCCAGGUGGACGAGCCGGUUGUGACUGGUGCUGGCUCAGAAGAUUGCUGCGAUUCCGACGACAUGGAGAAAAGAUCUUGCGGUCGCAGGUCCGGGAGGCGGAGGAAGUCGCAGAAGUCCACCGACUCCCCGGGCGCAGAUUCCCCGGGCGCAGACGCAGCGCUGCCGGAGAGCACAGCCCGGGACGAGGCAGUGUUCGACGACGAGGUGGCGCCAGACGCCGCCACCGCCACCGCCACCGCCACCGAGAGUCUCCUCGCGGAAAAGAAAGUGAAAUCGCCGCCGCCUGGCCCCGAGGGGGGCGUUGCCCCUGCAGCGAGCCCAGAGUCCAAGGCCAGCCCUGGCCUCAAAGGGCAGCCCCGAGGGGAGGCGGACCGGAGCAGGCAGCCCCCAGCCUCAUCUCCCACCAAGCGCAAGGGCCGGAGCCGCGUCCCCGAGGCCGUGCCCACCAUACCGGCCAGCAGUUCACGGACUCCGGUCAAGGAGGUGCUCCCAAAGAAGACGCCCGACGCCGGGGCGCCUGUCCGGGGCGCUGCGGGGGAGAGCGGCGAGGAGGCGGCCCGGGUUGUUCCCCGGGAGCUCACGGUCAAGAGCAGCUCACUGCUGCAGGAGUUCAAGCCCGAGCACAGGAGAGGCUCGCUCCCCAACCACUUCGACAGCCGGGGAGAGGGAAGUCGGAGUAGAGACCCGGGUAGAUCCACAGGAGCGUCUGACGGCGAAGGCUUGAGGCCCCGGAACCACUUCGGUGCUGGCAGGUCAACGGUGACCACCAAAGUGACCCUCCCUGCCAAGCCUAAGCAUGUGGAACUAAAUAUUAAAAACCCCAAGAAUCUUGACAGUUUGGGAAAUGAACAUAAUCUGUUCAGUCAGCCAGUUCACAAAGGAAACACUGCCACCAAAAUCUCCUUAUUUGAAAACAAACGGGCAAACAGUAGCCCAAGACACACUGACGCUCGAGCCACCAGGAACAUUCCUCCUGCUAAUAAAACAUUUGUUGGGCGAGCAAAGCUGAAUUUAGCCAAAAAAGCCAAGGAAAUGGAGCAACCUGAAAAGAAAGUAGUGCCAAAUAGUCACCAGAAUGGUGUGCUGGUGAAGGAUACCCUUGUAGAAGCCAAAGUGUCUGGUCUUGAAGAGGAGACUGUAACUGGUAGUCCCAGCAUUAGAAGACUAGAAGGAGAGCCCAGCAAGGAUCAAUCUCUCAGUUCUCAGUUCACUCAAGGGGAUAAAGCAGAUGUGCAAAUAGAUGCAGUUGUUACUACUCUGGAGCCUGUUGAGAGCCACAAGCUUUUGGAAGAGGACAGCCCGAAGGCCCCUGACAGCAAAGGACUUGUACUUGAAAACAGGACUGAUUAUGCACAAGACAGUCUUGUGCUCCUUGAUACCAAAGGAUCCCCUCCAACAGCCAUGCCAAAGCCACAGGAUAUGGUUUCUGACUCACAGCCCCCUGCUGAGUCAUCUUAUGAGCCUUCUCUUUCAUUGUCUGCACCCGCUCUUGUGGAUACUCCCAAAGACAUUUGUGCUGCAGAUGCCAUUAGCAAUGUCUCAUGCACUGAUAGAAAGGUGUUAGAAAACCACAAUGGAUGUGUUUUGCCUGUGUCUCAUCAGAACAAUGAGAAUGUGGCCUUUUCCAAAGCUGGAGGAACAGAAAGAGAAGAAGUAAACCCUCCUUUGUCCACAGAAGCUGUGGAAAAAGAGUGUCCAUCCAAGGUCCUUGUCCAGGUGAGAUCCUUCAUGCUCCCUGUGGAGAACACGCAGGAUGUAAGCUCCCAGAUCAUCUCAGAUUGCUCUGAAGUUAGAGAAGUGCAGUUGCCAAGUUUUCAUAAUCAUGAACAUGAAGUAGUUUCUGUUGUAAGUGGUGCUCCCCAGAAAGAGGAAGUGCCAGGCAAUAAGAGCACAUCGCCCAAACACACCCAUUGCAAAGAGGAACAUGCGGCAGAAUCUGGCCCACAAGCCAUGCCCCUAGAGUCAGGAAAAACACUGCCUGUCCAGACUCCAAGUCAGGGCAGCACAACAAUCCUUAUAGCUGGGCCCAGCCCUGCCGACUCUCCUAGCCUCAGAAAUAACUUGGAGGGUUUGCACAAGCCAGAUACAAAUGUAGUUAAUGGCCAGGGCAGCCCUGUGGGUCCUUUGAACAUUUCUGCCUGUAGUGACGAUAGUGUAUUAGAUUCUUCUUCUGAUAUGGAAAAAUUCACUGAAAUUAUAAAAAAGAUGGACAGUUCGAUUUGUGUGCUCCAGAAGAAAAAGAAGAGCCGAGUGCCCAACUCUCCUGCCCCUCACUUUGCCAUGCCCCCGAUCCAUGAAGACAACUUAGAAAAAGUGUUUGAUCCCAAUGUGUUCACCAUUGGUUUGGGGAAGAAAAAGGAAAAUCAGCCAGAGAUGUCACCAGCUUUACAUCUGAUGCAGAACCUUGAUGCAAAAUCCAGACUGAGACCCAAACGUGCAUCCACUGAACAGAGCGUCGUCUUCAAGUCAUUGAGCUCUAGCACUAAUGGGAAAACGGAACCAGUGGUGGCUCCAGAAAUAAAUGACAAAGAGAACAGAGACACCACCAAUGGUGGUGUUAAGAGAUCCCGGCUAGAAAAGAGUGCACUUUUCUCAAGUAUGCUGUCUUCUUCUUUACCACAAGACAAAAUCUUUUCUCCUUCUGUGACAUCAGUCAAGACCAUGACUACGUCUUUCAGCACUUCUCAGAACAGUUCUCUUUCUUGGUCUUCAGUACAGCCCUUGAUGGAGGGUGCCCCACCCUGUGCUUCAGACAAAGAACAGCCACAUCUGCCCAGUAACUCCUUAAAGGUCUUCAAUUUUGACUCAUCAACUACAUCACACUCUGGUUUAAAAAGUCCAACCUAUAUGGAAAAAUACCUGCAAAAGGAAGGCACCAAAAAAGAACUGGAUUUAAGAAGCAACCUACAUUUGCCAGAAAGGAAAUUUUCUGAACUUUCAAAACUUAAGAACAGCGAUGAUACGGAAAAGACCAAUCAUAUUGAAAGUGUUCUUAAACCAAGCCUGCCAAACUUUGGAAACAGUGACACAGACUUCACGGGGCUCUUCAAACCCAGUCGCUACGACCCAAGCAUUUCUUUUUCUGGAAUGUCAUUGUCAGAUGUGUCAGCCCUUAGAGGAAGUAUCCACAAUAAAAUCAAUCCCCGACCUGGCAAGGUAGUAAUAUAUAGUGAACCAGAGGCCUCUGAGGACUGCAUUGAAGUUUUCAGUGAUGUCAAGGAUUGUAGCUCUUGGACUCUCUCUCCAGUGAUUCUCAUAAAAGUCAUUAGAGGAUGCUGGAUUUUGUAUGAGAAACCAAAUUUUGAAGGGCACUCCAUCCCCUUAGAGGAAGGAGACUUGGAGCUCUCUGGACUCUGGGGUAUAGAAGAUAUUCUGGAAGAAAAUAAUGAAAAAGAGUCUGACAAGCCUGUGGUGAUUGGUUCAAUCAGACACGUGGUCCAGGAUUACAGAGUUAGUCAAAUUGACUUAUUUACUGAACCUGAAGGGUUGGGACUUCAAAAUUCCUACUUUGAUGAUACUGAAGAAAUGCAGAUGUUCGGUGUGAUGCAGAAAACUUGCUCCAUUAAAGUACAUUGGGGCACAUGGCUGAUAUAUGAAGAUCCUGGAUUUCAGGGUAUCCCUUUCAUCCUUGAACCUGGUGAAUACCCUGAUUUAUCCUUCUGGGACACAGAAGAAGCCUACAUUGGAUCCAUGCGGCCUCUGAAAAUGGGUGGCCGUAAAGUUGAAUUCCCUACAGAUCCGAAGGUUGUUAUCUAUGAAAAGCCUUUCUUUGAAGGAAAAUGUAUGGAACUAGAAACAGAACUAUGCAGCAUUGUUACAGAAGGUGAAAAAGAAGAAACAGCUGUGGAGGAUGGCUUGCCACUCAUGACAGUGGGGUCUAUGAAAGUUCUCAGAGGCAUCUGGGUUGCCUAUGAGAAACCUGGAUUUACAGGUCAUCAGUAUUUGCUGGAAGAAGGCGAAUAUAAGGAUUGGAAGGACUGGGGAGGUUACAAUGGAGAACUUCAGUCUUUACGACCUAUACUAGGUGAUUUUUCAAAUGCUCACAUGAUAAUGUACAGUGAAAAAAACUUUAGCUCUAAAGGGUCCAGUAUUGAUGUAUUGGGAAUUGUUGCCAACUUAAAGGAGACUGGAUAUGGAGUGAAGACACAGUCCAUUAACGUACUGAGUGGAGUAUGGGUGGCAUAUGAAAAUCCAGAUUUCACUGGAGAACAGUAUAUACUGGAUAAAGGCUUUUAUACCACUUUUGAGGACUGGGGAGGCAAAAAUUGUAAGAUCUCUUCUCUUCAGCCUAUCUGUUUGGAUUCUUUCACUGGCACAAGGAGCCAAAAUCAGGUUCACUUGUUUUCGGAACCACAAUUUCAAGGUUGCAGCCAAACUUUUAAAGAAACAACAGGUCAAAUUGAUGAUUCAUUUUCUACAAAGUCUUGUAGAGUUUUAGGAGGCAGCUGGGUUGCAUAUGAUGGAGAAAACUUCUCUGGUAAUCAGUAUGUGUUGGAAGAAGGACACUAUCCAUGUCUCUCUGCAAUGGGCUGUCCAUCUGGAGCAACGUUUAAGUCUCUUCGUUUUAUAGACGCUGAGUUUUCAGAGCCAACAAUUAUUCUUUUUGAAAGAGAAGACUUCAAAGGGAAAAAGAUUGAACUUAAUGCAGAAACAAUUAAUCUCCGGUUCCUGGGAUUCAACACGCAGAUCCGCUCUGUUCAGGUUAUUGGUGGCAUAUGGGUAACUUAUGAGUAUGGCAACUACAGGGGUCGACAGUUCCUGCUGUCACCAGCAGAAAUACCCAAUUGGUAUGAAUUCAGUGGCUGUCGCCAAAUAGGUUCUCUCCGACCUUUUGCUCAGAAACGGAUUUACUUCAGACUUCGAAACAAAGCAACUGGGUUAUUCAUGUCAACCAAUGGAAACUUAGAGGAUUUGAAGCUCCUUAGAAUACAAGUCAUGGAGGAUGUAGGUGCUGAUGACCAGAUAUGGAUUUAUCAAGAAGGAUGCAUCAAAUGCAGAAUAGCAGAAGAUUGCUGCCUGACCAUCGUGGGCAGCCUGGUCACGUCUGGCUCUAAGUUGGGCCUGGCCCUUGACCAGAAUGUUGACAGUCAGUUCUGGAGCAUGAAGUCGGAUGGCAGGAUCUAUAGCAAGCUGAAGCCAAAUUUAGUAUUAGAUAUCAAAGGGGGUGCACAGUAUGAUCAAAAUCAUAUUAUCCUCAACACUGUCAGCAAAGAGAAGUUAACACAAGUGUGGGAAGUUAUGGUCCUGUAA